UAUUAACAAAUGUUUGAUUUGGCCGUAACCUAGUGCUAAUACCAAAAUAUAAUGUGUUGUAAAAAUUAUUUGUUUUCUUUUUAAACAAUUUUUGUACUGUAUAGGAGGAGCUAUCGUUUAUCCCUUUAAAAAAAUGAUAAUUUCGAAUGCACUCGACUCGAACAAAUUGUGUGCGCGUGGGUCCUGCAAUUUUCGCAAUUUUGUUGCUAUGGAUCCUUCCAUGCAGAGGUGUUGUCAGGCGCUGCAAAAUUAAAGUCCACUCUACCGACAGUGAUCUUGACAUCGAAGACUGUAAGUUAUUGAUGUUGUCAUCUUCGGUCGAGGAGGACUAUUACACUGAGAACGACAUUAUUUCUAAAUCAACAAAUACAACUACGAACGUGAGCGUUGAUUAUCCCACGGCGGAAGAGGGCCCAUUUUUAGAAGGAGAUAUUAUUCCCUCUGCUAGUAACGUGCAGUUUACAGACCUCGGGGCAAAGUGGCCUAACGCGACCGUACCAUUCCUGUUCCACAACAUGAUGAGCUACGACGGAAGGCUCCAAGUGUUGAAGGCGAUGAACGAGUAUCACCGUCACACAUGUAUCCAGUUCCAGAAGCGAGAAGCGGAGCGCGAUUAUCUGGUCAUCGGGUCCAGUUAUCAGUACGUGUGUGCCUCGAGCGUAGGGCGACAGGGGGGCGCACAGUUGCUCCACCUGGGCCCCGCCUGCACCCGCAACAUUGGCACACCCAUGCACGAGCUCAUGCACGCUCUCGGCUUCUACCAUGAACACAUGCGUCCCGACCGUGACCGAUAUGUCUACAUUAAUUACUCCAAUAUAGACGAGAUUCUAUGGAAGAACUUCCUGGAGGUCAAUCCGGGAAUCGGGGUACACGAGCUCGGGGCAGGGUACGAUUUCGGCAGUCUGAUGCACUAUAGGUUAUGUGCAAUGACAAACAACACUUGGCCUACAAUUGUGCCUAAGGUUGUCACUCACGCCAAGAUCGGCCAACGAAUCGGGUUCAGCAGAAAAGAUAUAAUCAAACUGAACCACUUUUACAACUGUUCAAAUAUUUCAAGAACGCCAAAGCUUUUCAAAGUUGGGCACCAUGGCACUGAUAAUAACUCAGGUACGGGGAGCACAUACAAGCAGAGUCACAGGUCCAGCUCAGUUAAAGCUACAUAUUAUACAGUGAUUUAUUUUACAAUUAUAUUUUUGCACAUAAAACUCACACUUUACCAUUAUUAAACCGUCUCUUGGUUAUACCAUAUUUAAA